CCAGACUCACCACCUUAGCGGCCGACGGCCCGCGCGCGUGUGCUAGUGUUGUUUGCUGCCGCUGCUGAUAGCAGAGAAUGGCGAGCGCCGCCGAGCACCGCGUGCCGAUGCCGGCUGAUCCUCCCGCCGGCGACCGCAAGGCCGCGCAUCCUGAGAAGCGGCUGGACCGCUUCGUGCACUCGGUCGCGCCGAUGGAGAGGCUGGGAAACGCGCUGGGCAUGUUUGCGCUCGCGUGGGCGACCAUCGUCCUGCUCGGCGGCUACCCCACGCAGCUCCGCCGGCAACAUUUCUUGAUCACGACCAUCGUAAUUUUCAUGGAAGGCGUGGGGAAGUUCUGCCGCAACAAAAACAGGCUGGAUUACCAAUUGUUCUUCCGCACGAGAGGUGCCUUCAGGUCUCUUGGACCGGAUGCGCUGAUCUUACUCGUAUGUUUUUUCAAUGUUCUGGCGUGCAUUGACUCCAUAUGGGGAAAUAAUAAUGUAGUGGACAAACUGGCUUUGUUAAUGAUGAUACUUGUGAUUGGCACAAUUCUAUUUCCAGAGACUGCAAUACCACCCAUGUGCAACCCCCUACGCCACACACUAUCAUUAUGGAGCCCAGUGGUUGCAAUAGUACUGCUUUGCCCCUCUGUACUGUACAGGGUCGAUGAUGAUUCCAUUGACAGACUCAGUUUGAAAGCCUCAACUACCAAGCUGACAGUGUACCUGAUACUAUCUGUGGUCGUGCUUCUACUCACAGUAAGCAGGCUGCAGUUCCCAAGAAUAGUCAAACUAGUAGACUGCACUCUUGGUAACAAAAUAGUAUUUUGGCGUCGAGUUAUUAUGAACUUGUGCAUGUUGGCUGCAAUGGUAUUGCCCAUCGUCACUUCUCAUGGCGAUGUAAGAGGGGCGAUGAUCAUGUUAGACAUAUUUGGUCUAAUGAUAGCGUCAUUUGGCAACCUCCAGAUUCCUGCAGCAGUAGUGCGCAUUGGACUAGCACUGUGGGGCCUUAUAGUUAUAAGGCAAUACUCACACGAUGAUCAUGAAAAUGUUGACCAGACAAAUCUUGGGAAAUCCCAGUUAAUCUUUUAUUUGAUGGUGCUUGGCCAGGGAAUACUCUAUAUUGUUGGUGGCCUCCUUGAGAUUUUCUCGUUCAUCCUACGGCGAUCCCUCACCCGUCAUGCUGGAUUUAGAGGUCCCCAAGGAUUGGAAUAUGUCAAUUUAUACUAUGCAUAUGUCUUCGACAAAUGCAUGAAAGGGGCUGUGCUUGCUCCAGAGAAGACUAGCCUCAUCACAUUUGCUGUGGAUUCUUUAAAUUCAGGCUCACCCAAGAAGCAACUCUAUGGGCUUAAGAUGCUGCUCACCUUUCUCGAAAAGGAUCCCUUAAAGACCAAAGCCAUAUCGGAACUCACCACUUCCAUAAAGACAAUGACCUGCUUGAUCAGCAUGUUGGGUUGGACGUGUGAAGGGGAUAAAGAUAUUAGAUUAUGUGCUGCAAAGGUCACAGCCAAGCUCGCAGAUAACCUCUACAUUGUCCCUAUCCCUGGGGCAAUGCAGCUCAUAGCCUCACUUCUGGACACUACUCACCGGCAGAAAUUAAAGGAUCCUCUUCUGGACAUUGGCAGCCCUAAGGCAAAACAGGAUAGUCCGAUUCAACAAGUUAGAAGGAAUGGACAUACCUCCCCGAUGCUUAAAUGGUUGAAAGAGUUGUCAAUAUACUGUUUGAUUCCAAGGAAGGAGCCAACUAACAUGGAUGAACAAAAUUCCCAUGUACUCCGAUGCUGGAAGCGGAUUACAAAACGUUGGUCUGUUCCAGAGGAGGAGCCAUCGACAGAUCAAGAUCACCUACCUUUGUUGGGCAUGUUAAUUCUUGGCAAGCUUGCCAGCUUUGAUCUUGAGAACUGUAUAGAAAUCAGCAGAGCAACUGGCCUCAUCUCAAAGAUCAUAGAGUUCACAAGCAGCAGAACUGAAAUGACUAAUAUUAAUGAGACACAGCAGGCACUGCUGAAAGGUUCAUCACUGGAGCUGCUGACAAGAUUUUCAAGUACUAAAGGGGAAUUUGGUGUAAUUAUGCGUCAGAGGAUUUCAGAACAUCCCUUCCUUUUGAGCCAUCUUGCAGAUAUCUUGGAUGACAGUGGGAGUAGCCAAGAACUUAGGGAGCUCACGUCAGAACUCCUUAGAAACCUGGCCAUGGAGGGAAAUACAAAGGAGGAGAUUGGACAAAUCCGAGUGAUCAUUAGCAGGUUGAUGCAUGCAUUUCUCAGCCAAGAUGCACUCUCAAGUACGGAUUCAGGUCAGCGGCUACGAAUGAAAUCAGGACAAGCACUGGCAGUAUUGGCAAUGGAGAGUGCGAAUAACUGUUCCGUUAUGUUAGAAGAACCAGGGUACGUAUUCAUCAAGGAACUCACACUUAUGAUCCAUAGUGACAGGUACAGGUACGUAGCAUCAAUCUUGUUGCGGAAUAUGUGUGUGCAUGUUCGACCAGAGCUUUUCAACUCUGACCUGAAGGAAAUCUCCUACAUCGUGAGAGAGGUACUGGAAGGAAUAAUGGAUGCAGAAGGGAAAGAACUGGAGGUCCUUGUUGAUCUUAGUUCACAAAUAUAUAAUGCCACUCCAGACGAUUUUGCGCGAGAACUAGAGCAUGGUCAGAUUAAGGAGACAUUUAUAAAGAGGCUUGUCAAUGCACUUAACUCAAAUAUGGUACCCACUGCUCACUGUCCCGGCAUCAGGAGGGUGAUAGUUGAACAUGCCAUAUACAUGAUGGAAUCCAAUACGGUCUAUGCUAGCUGUUUCAAGAACUGUGGGAUGAUGGAAGCACUACUAGUGGUAGAGCGUACACCUUCAAGGGCUGAAAACUACAGGUUCUUCUCAGGUGAUGCAGGACUCAUGGAGCACAGCAUACCUCUAUCCACACUUGUGGCUAGAGCAAAAGAACUGAUGGACCGCGAGUAGCUACAAGGCAUCAGCAGUGAAGUGUCACCUGAGUAUGUGUUUAGAAGAUAUUGUACUCCUACUAAUAGUAUAUACUGGGACUUGUAGGCUCAAUUUUUGCUCACGACAGUAGCAAGUUACACCAAGGAGAUCCCAGGAAACUAGAAUUGAUAUUAAGCAUUUAAUUUGUGUAUAACAAGUCACAAUGUGUAUCAUGAUGAUGGCAACUUAAAUAAUGGAUGUAAGA